AUGUACAACAACAACUCCACAUCAUAUCAACAACAACAGCAGCAGCAACCACAAUACGAGCAGCCACAACAUCCUGCUGUGGCCUAUAACAAUCUGCAAGUGCCAGUGAUGUUUAGCAUGGCCUCCUCCAUUCAGGGCUACAACACCGCCCCUAUCGAUCUCGACUGUGAGCGAACCUACUUCCAGGGCAUCGGGAUGUCCAUGCCCCAGGACACCUCUUCCAACUGCACCACCAACAACAGCAGCAUCUGCCCUCCAAGCCUCAUCAGCAUCCGCCGCGACUCUGGCUUCGCUCCCUCGCUUGACGAGCUGUCAUUAGGUAUUAUGGCGUCGAACAACAACCAGGACCAAGAAGAUUUCAAGGGGGUGCUUCACACUCUGCAGGCGACUGCAGCACUCCAAUCAUCCAUGAUGUCUAGCGAGAUCAUCAACAACGACAAUAGUAGCCCCUCAUUCUUCCUUUCUACACCGACAUCUCUUUCAUCCUCCUCACCUUCUUCUUCACCUUCUACUGCUGCCAUCAACAACACCAACUCCUCCUCUGCUACACCAGUCGUCACUUCCAUGUCCUUUGGGAUCGAAUAUCCUCUCAUCAACGAGCAGCGCCAGUUCCUUCAGGUUCAACAACAACAGCAACAACACAUUCAAGGAUCAGUAGCAGCGACUGUUGCCGCUGUGGUCGGCGAUGCUCAUUCCUCCCCUUCCUCUCCUUGCACGGCCUCCACUUGGAACACCGACUUCUCGAUGAUGCAGUCUCAACAACACCAGCAGCAGCCAACAUUGUUGUCGCCAAUUCAGUACCACCCAAGACAGGGUCAGAUCCAGCAUCCUCGCCAGCGCAAGCCCAUGCUCCAGAUCAUGACCUCGACCGAGUCCGAGCGGCAAGCAAUGGUGUUCAAUAGCUCCAUAUCGCCCAUGUCUGGCCCUUGGGAAUCCUCCUCUGUCACCCCCCUGGCUGCCUCGCCCUCAAUGUCAGCCGCCAACAACAUUGUACGUGCCGGCCAAUACCAACAGCAGCAGUCACAGCAGCAGAGCAACUAUCCCUGGGGAUUUGUCUCAUCCCCCGUCGAAUCAUCUUUCUCCUCUGGAUCAUCAACACCGCUCUUUGCUUCGCCCUCGUCAUCCUAUGCCCACUCCGACAUGGCCGCCAACUCCUCCUGCCAGUCCUCCCGCGCUGCCUCGCCCUCCAUUACUCCCUCGUCCCUCUAUGAGAACUUUUUGGCUAACGAACGUCGCAUCAAGCGCAGGAACAGCGAGUGCUCCAACCUCAUCAUUCGCUCACGCAAGUCCUCAACUUCAUCGAACUCUUCUAUGGCCUCCCAGCGACGCGCUUCAACCCUCCGUGGGUCUGCCCUGACCCCCUCUUCUCCUGCCACUGCCAACCACAGUGGCUGCAGCACCUCCGCUCCUACCACUUCCGCUUCCACAGGAACGCACCAAUGCCCCAAGUGUGGCCAACGGUUCGCAGGGCCCGCAGUCUUGGUCCGCCACAUCGAGUCGAUCCACGACAAGUUGCUCUGGAACUGUGUCGGCUGCAAGUCCAACCUCUCUCGUCGCGACGCCGUGACACGCCACAUCAACUUGUCACCCAUGGACUCUAUCUGCCGUGCAGUCGGAACCAUCGGCCAGAUCAAGACCUCAAACGGCGCUGAGGUCCAUUACGAGAUCAGCUCCUACCGGGCCAAACCUCUGGACGAGGUUAUGAACCGCAUGGGCAAGAAGAUCUCGACCACUCUUCGCAAUGAGAUUGAUCGAUCCAAGACUGCCGCCCUCCAACAACAGCAACAGCUGCUUCAACAGCAACAACAGCAGCAGCAGCACAGCCGACAGUAUCACUCAUAUCAACACCAGUAUCAGGCGAUGAUGAUGGAAGACAUUGAAAUGCCUCAGGAGCACGAUGACAUGACGGAGGAUGAGUUGACCAAGAAGCGUCGUCGUCCUUCUAUGGUCGUCGACGAGGCUCUUUCGGGUCGCAAGAAGAAGAUGUAA